AUGUUUCCCAGAGUAGUCCAAGUGUUCGGCAUGGACUCCCCCCUCGGCCUGUUCCCCCCGGGCAUGGAGCACAAAAUGUACCCCCUCAUGGACGUGGAGCACCGACCACCGCCACUCGAUGCGCAGCUGUUCACCAACGUCAAGAAGAAAUGGCGACCAAAGGGACAACAUAGCGCACCGCGGGGCGGGCCUCCUCGCUCCUGGACCAACGCGGAGCUGACGGAAGCCCUCCAACACGUAUGGAACAAGAAGAUGACAACCAGCCAAGCGUCAAGGAUCUUCGGUAUCCCGUACAACUCGCUACUCAUGUACGUGCGAGGCAAGUACGGCAAAAGUUUAAAGCUCGAGCAGUUGCGGAAAGACUGCAUAGGCGGGCCGCUGGAGGUGCUCAAUUUGAAUUCAGGCAACAACAACAACAAUCACCCGUCGAGCAAACACCACGAUAAGGAAGACCAGCACCAGAACGCGAGUCAGAGACCGGCGAGUUCGGAACCGGACAUCUCAUCGAAUCCCAUGUUCAACCCCUUCCAGCAAGGCUUCUACCCGGAGUUUCCACCAGGUUUUCCCAUGCCCCUGAACAUGUUGCAUCUGUUGCCGCCGAGCGAGAAGGCCAGGGAGCUGUACCAGUCGAUGCCGAUGGCGCUCGACUCGCUGUCGGGAGUCGCAAAGGAAGAGGACUGCAAGAGUGACCGGUCGAAGGAGAACUCGGCGGAUGAGGAGGGCGACUCGUACCGCGCGCCAGCGCACCCGCCGCACCCUCCCGACACCCGCACGCUGCUGCACCACAACGGGCAGGAUUAAACACUAUCUUCCAAUUAGCAUAAUCGUCUUCGAUUCCGUACCUAUCGUUUCUACCUUCCAUCUUGUAUGUCUAUUCUUUCGACGGUACGUAGGUCGACAAUUUCGUGGAAAUUAGAAAAUCUAUAUGUACAGUGAAACUGAAAUUAUCUUUGUAUACUCAAGGCGCCAGCAUACAGAGUUCCCAUGCAAUAACAGUUAGACACUGAUAUACUUUUAGAAUUUCAGUUUUACUCGAAGUUCAGAGGUCGAGAUCUCGCCGGGCAUCUUUGAUGUUCGAAUUAAAAUUAGUUAAAUUUAUAUUUAAAGAUGUGUUAAUAUUGUAAAUGUAUUUAAAUCGCGUAUAAGUGAUAGGCGAUAAUUUAUUGAUUCGAGGUGUGCAAUACGUGUGAAAGGCGUUGUGAUUGUUAUCGGCAGUCGUUACCGACUCUUUUAUUGUUGACACUCCACUUCACAUUCCACUGUAAUUAUUUUUAGAUAAUACUUCAUAUCACUUAGAUUAUGAGUUUUACUGUAAAGUCUAUUUUCCAAUGUAUCUUGCCUGUAAAUUGUGUUAUCCCAAUGUAGAUAUUAUGUUAAAUGUGCGAGUUGACUCCUACAUUUUCACCAAAGUUUGUAAAAUAUUUCGUAAUAAUAGUUAUUAUUCGAUAAACAAUUUUAAAUGUAAAUAGUUAUUGAUAAAUUAAUGGGAUAUUGAAAUUAAAAUAGCCAUUAAAUAAGGAGACAUUGUGUCUAAAAUGAUAAAUAGUAGUUCAUUUGUAAUUGUUGUAGAGUUAGUGAAAGAAUACUGUGAACUAACUGCUCGUGAGACGUCUCAUGGCGGACUCGUUGGGAGGUUGCGACGCACUAGUCACGCAUUUUCUGUUUACAACGAUAAAUUCUAAAUCGGUUCAUUUCAAAGUCCCACAAAUUAUAGGUUAUGUCAUGACGAGUUACCCCGGGCAAUAAUGCUACAAUAGUCUGCGACGUACACAGAUGUCAUGUAAAUGUGCCGCGCUUUGAACGCGCCCCGAUGCGGAAAUCGUGAUCCCAAAGCUGAGAUGUGCCCGCAACUAUUCGGGUGGUCCUGAUUGCAUCGUGACGUAAGCAACUUUAUGAUUACAGAUUAAAAAAACAAAGAGUUGAUUAUCAAUAAUAAGAUGACGACAGUGCGCGCCUGGUCUAGACAAAUAAUGUAUCUGCACUCAAUGUUCAAAUAAAAAGGAGCUUUCGAGAUUUUAGUGAAUAAUGAAAGUUUAGAAUAAAGGUUCAAACCUUUCUGGCUUUAGAUAAUUGUAUACAAUGAUUUCGUAUUAGAUGUACCGUGAAGUAUCACGUCAUAUUUACCUAAACAUACGAUCGGUUAUGUUACAAAAUAUUACUCAUCUAUUUUAUUCGUAUUGUAUUUGAUUUAAACAUCAUUUUAAACUAAACUAAUGAAAUUAGAUGUCGAUUCGAAACUGCAAAUCUCUUAACAGAAGACUGAACACUAUUUAUGACUCUAUUUUGUAUGUCUGUAUAUUUCACUUUAUCACAGAAUCAACUGCAGUGAUCACAUAGAAUACAGUCGCGUCAUUAAACAAUAUAUCAUUACAGGGAUUUUAUAUAUAAACGAGUUGUAUAAUUGAAUAUGUACUUAUAGUUUUACGAACUUGCUUUUUCUCUUAACCUUCCUUUUUACGCUUAAAGUAAUUCAUUAUUAAGAUACAUGGCAGUUGAAUGUAUAAACACAAUAUAUUUGAAGCUAAACGGCACAUAAAAUUGAAAGUUGAGCAGAUAAAAUUGGUUUCGUGUGUAGCAAAAAUCUGUAAUAAAGUUAUUCAAGCGCUUACCCUGUGAACUUUUGAAAACGCUAUAAACAUGUUUGCAUUUUGUUUGAAGGCUUCGUAUAUUCGCUGUAUUAUAACCUAUAGCGUAUCGAAUACAUGUGCCAAAAAUUACACCGCUAUUUCUGGACUUCAGAAAGCAAU